ACUAUAGCCUUCGGUUUCCCUUGGUUCACCAUGGAGCCCUUCUGUCCACUGCUCCUGGCGGGUGUUAGCCUGCCGCUCGCCAAGGCCCUCAGAGGUAACGGGACCAUCCCAGCCGACAGCAACUUGACCUCCACGACUGCAGGCCCCCCGGACCCUCGCGCGCCCCAGCCCGUGCUGGCCUGGCUGCUGCUGCCCGUGCUGCUGCUGGUCCUCCUCCUGCUGCUCGCCGCCUACUUCUUCAGGUUCCGGAAGCAGAGGAAAGCCGUGGUCAGCGCCAAUGACAAGAUGCCCAACGGAAUCCUGGAAGAACAAGAGCAGCAAAGAGUGACACUUCUCAGCAGGUCCCCCUCCGGGCCCAAGAAGUACUUUCCCAUCCCCGUGGCGCACCUGGAGGAGGAGAUCCGCGUCCGGUCGGCCGAUGACUGCAAGCACUUCCGGGAGGAGUUCAACUCGCUGCCGUCUGGACACAUACAAGGAACGUUCGAACUGGCCAAUAAAGAAGAAAAUAGAGAAAAGAACAGAUAUCCCAACAUCCUUCCCAAUGAUCACUCCAGGGUGAUUCUGAGCCCGGUGGACGGAGCCCCCUGUUCGGACUACAUCAAUGCGUCCUACAUCGAUGGUUACAAAGAGAAGAAUAAGUUCAUAGCAGCUCAAGGCCCCAAACAGGAGACCGUCAAUGACUUCUGGAGAAUGGUCUGGGAGCAGAAGUCUGCAACCAUUGUCAUGUUGACAAACCUGAAGGAAAGGAAGGAGGAGAAGUGUCACCAGUACUGGCCGGACCAGGGAUGCUGGACCUACGGAAACAUCCGCGUGUGCGUGGAGGACUGCGUGGUCCUGGUGGACUACACCAUCCGAAAGUUCUGCAUCCAGUCGCAGCUCCCCGACGGCUGCAAGGCCCCCCGGCUCGUCUCCCAGUUGCACUUCACCAGCUGGCCCGACUUUGGAGUGCCUUUCACCCCCAUCGGGAUGCUGAAGUUCCUGAAGAAAGUGAAGGCCCUCAACCCCGCCCACGCUGGGCCCAUAGUGGUCCACUGCAGCGCCGGCGUGGGCCGGACCGGCACCUUCAUAGUGAUCGACGCCAUGAUGGACAUGAUGCACGCCGAGCACAAGGUCGACGUCUUCGACUUCGUGUCGCGGAUCCGAAACCAGCGUCCUCAGAUGGUUCAGACCGAUAUGCAGUACACGUUUAUUUACCAAGCUUUACUGGAGCACUACCUCUACGGAGACACCGAGCUGGACGUGUCCUCCCUGGAAAAGCACCUGCAGACGCUGCACAGCACCGCCAGCCACUUCGACAAGAUCGGGCUGGAAGAGGAGUUCAGGAAACUGACAAAUGUCCGGAUCAUGAAGGAGAACAUGAGGACGGGCAACCUGCCGGCCAACAUGAAGAAGGCCAGAGUCAUCCAGAUCAUUCCAUAUGACUUCAAUCGGGUGAUCCUCUCCAUGAAAAGGGGUCAAGAAUACACAGACUACAUCAACGCCUCCUUUAUUGACGGCUACCGACAGAAGGACCAUUUCAUCGCCACGCAGGGGCCCCUGGCACACACGGUGGAGGACUUCUGGCGGAUGAUCUGGGAGUGGAAGUGUCACACCAUCGUGAUGCUGACGGAGGUCCAGGAGAGAGAGCAGGUCAGGGACGCCCCUGGCGGCCUAUGCCACCCAAAGGUCCCCUGCCGUGGCCGCUGUCAGCUACUAAGGCCACAAGGACGGGGAGGGAGCCAGGCUGGAAACGAAAGAGGCUCCCUUUGCACUCUGUGACCCCCACUGGGUCCCUUUGCUCCAGCGUGACCCCCAUUGCCUCUUGCUCUUAGCCAACAUUUCAUUUAACCUACCCUGAAAUCCUCCGUGCUGUACUGUCCACAGUGCAGAUUUGAUCAAAGCCUGUUGAACCACACGGCAUUUAUUCACUUUCUUCAAGACGUAGGGAUGUAGGCACUGAUAUGUGUACCUUACGGAUGUCGUCCUAGGGGGGCCAAAUGCGUCCAGUGUUUCCCUUUCCCCAGAGACCCAUCCAGGGCCUUUAUGUGUCGUUUACUGAACACCAUAGUAAACACUCGUGAACCCGCUAUUCUACUGAAAAGCCAAACUUUUACCAGUAAUGUGCGUCCAUCCGGGUCCCCUCCCAAGAUGUAACCACUGCCCUGACUCUGUGUUUACUUUGCUGUUUUUGGAAACAUCAUGUUGACAUAUUCAUAUACCAUUCAAUUCAUCUUUUUAAUUUUUUUUU